AUGAACGCAAAGCCGACGAACUUUCUAGUUUUCAUUAAUGGAGCAAUUGAGAGUGCCGAGUUGGCUGAUUUUGAUGAUUUAUAUUUGAGAUUUGCAUAUGUAAUGGGAAAAGAUUGGGAAAUAUGUGCCGGUUUAGAUGAAGGCACAACACAAAUUGCUUAUAAAGGUGUUGAUUUGCAACCAAAAAUAGUAUUCAAUUUUCCAUUAGAAUGCACGUUCAAAAGUACAAGUCCAUUUGGAUGUGAGUAG